GUUCUCCGGCAUUGACUCGCCUGAGAAUCAGAAAGCUUAGAUCGGUGAGCUUUUAGCUCCAUUUUCUGUUUAUUUACAUAUUAUUUCCUUUUUUUCUCUCUCCCUUUUUUAUCUGGAAUUUGUUCUGCUAAAUUUUCCAGCUGUUACAUUUUCCGAUCACGAGAAGAAUCACUGGGUUUUUAUGUUAAUCAAUACAUGUUCCUGUUUUCUGAUCAUAAAUCUCAGCUAUUAACACCUGAUUUUGAUUCUGCGUAAUAAAAACCUCUGAUUUGCUUUUAUCUUCACUUUCCCCAUAAACAUUGCUUACUUUAUUCGCUCUUCUUUUACCGUUUCCAGCUAAAAAAUUCUUCGCUAUUCAAUGUGUUUCUCGUUUUGUUGAUGAGAAAAAUAUCUGACAAAAAAUCAUUUAUUGCAUUUUAUGGUGCAGAUUCUUAGUUAAUGUCGCCUUCUCUAACCAAGUCAGAUUAAAAAGGAGUGUUCGUCCAUGUUGCUUUGUUUUGGUGUUUGGAGAGAGUUUUCGGAGAGUUAGGUGAGUGUUAUUUGGGGUGAGGUAGUGAUAAGGUUUGAAGGGGGAGUGAUUCAUCAAGUGUGUUAUGAAUUCGAGGGCUGAUCCGGGGGAUAGAUAUUUUCGAGUUCCUUUGGAGAAUCAAACUCAACAAGAGUUCAUGGGUUCUUGGAUUCCAUUUACACCCAAAAAACCUAGAUCAAGUCUGAUGGUAGAUGAGAGAGUGAUAAACCAGGAUCUAAAUGGGUUUCCAGGUGGUGAAUUUGUAGACAGGGGAUUCUGCAACACUGGUGUGGAUCAUAAUGGGGUUUUUGAUCAUGGUGCUCAUCAGGGCGUUACCAACUUAAGUAUGAUGAUCAAUAGCUUAGCGGGAUCACAUGCACAAGCUUGGAGUAAUAGUGAGAGAGAUCUUUUGGGCAGGAGUGAGGUGACUUCUCCUUUAGCACCAGUUAUCAGAAACACCACCGGUAAUGUAGAGCCGGUCAAUGGAAAUUUUACUUCAGAUGUGGGUAUGGUAAAUGGUCCUUUCACCCAGAGUGGCACUUCUCAAGCUGGCUAUAAUGAGUUUGAAUUGGAUGACUUGUUGAAUCCUGAUCAGAUGCCCUUCUCCUUCACAAGCUUGCUGAGUGGUGGGGAUAGCUUAUUCAAGGUUCGUCAAUGUGAGUGAUCAAAUCUAUUUUCAGUUUUUUUUUUUCCCUUUCUUCCGUUCUUGCAGUACUUAGAGUAGAACAUGAAUUAGAAUAUCUUAAGAAAGUCAUGGUUUUGAACAGAUGGACCUCCAGCGUGUAACAAGCCUCUUUACAAUUUGAAUUCACCAAUUAGAAGAGAAGCAGUUGGGUCAGUCUGUGAAAGUUCGUUUCAAUAUGUACCGUCAACGCCCAGUCUGUUCAGAACAGGUGAAAAGACUGGAUUCCUUGAACAGAUAGUUACAACUACUGGACAUGAAAUCCCAGAGCCGAAAUCUGACAAAAGUAUGCAGAGCAUUAUGGACUCGUCUGCUGUUAAUGCGACGGAAGCUACUGAACAAAAUGAUGGCAGCAGACAAGAUGUUCUGGAGUUCGACCUUAACAAAACUCCUCAGCAGAAACCCUCCAAAAGGAAAAGGAAGUUCAUGCCCAAGGUGGUCGUGGAAGGCAAACCUAAAAGAAAGCCACGCAAACCUGCAGAACUUCCCAAAGUGGUCGUGGAAGGCAAACCUAAAAGGAAGCCACGCAAAGCUGCAACUCAGGAAAAAGUGAAAUCUAAAGAAACCGGGAGUGCCAAAAAGAAAAAUUUGAAAGAAUCAGCAACUAAAAAGCCAGCCAAUGUUGGAGAUAUGAGCAACAAAAGCCCUGAAGUCACACUCAAAAGUUGCAGAAAAGCUUUGAAUUUUGACUUGGAGAAUCCUGGAGAUGCGAGGCAAGGUGACUCUGAGUCUGAAAUUGUCCAGAACAGUAGUGGCGCAAACUCGUUUUCUGAGAUCAGAGAUGCCAUUGGUGGAACUAAUGGUAGUUUCCUGGAUUCAGUGUCACAAAUAGACAAGACCAAUGGAUUGGGGGCUAUGAACCAGCCACUUGAAGUGUCAAUGGGAAACCAGCCAGAUAAACUAUCUACAGGAGCGAAACUGGCCAGAGACCAACAACCUGAUUUAUUGACUAGAAACCAGCAAUGCCAGUUCCCAGUGGCAACCCAGAACACCCAGUUCCCAAUGGAAAACCAACAAGCUUGGCUUCAGAUGAAAAACCAACUUAUUGGCUUUCCAUUUGGUAACCAGCAACCUCGCAUGACCAUAAGAAACCAGCAGCCUUGCUUGGCCAUGGGUAAUCAACAACCUAUGUAUCUGAUAGGAACUCCACGGCCUGCAUUAGUAAGUGGAAACCAGCAACUAGGAGGUCCCCAAGGAAACAAGCGGCCUAUAUUUUUGAAUCACCAGACUUGUUUACCUGCUGGAAAUCAGCUAUAUGGAUCACCUACAGACAUGCAUCAACUUGUUAUGUCAACCGGAGGGCAACAACAUGGACUACUGAUAAAAAACCAGCAACCUGGAUCAUUAAUAAGAGGCCAGCAGCCUUGCGUACCUUUGAUUGACCAGCAACCUGCAACUCCAAAAGGUUUUACUCACUUGAAUCAGAUGGUAGCUACCAGCAUGUCAUCGCCUGGGCUUCGACCUCAUUCUCAGUCACAAGUUCCUACAACAUAUCUACAUGUGGAAUCUGUUUCCAGGAUUUUGAAUGGGACUACAGGUACAUGCCAGAGAAGCAGGGCUCCUGCAUACGAUUCUUUACAGCAAGAUAUCCAUCAAGGAAAUAAGUACAUACUUUCUCAUGAGAUAUCCAAUGGUAAUGGGUGCAAGAAAGCGUUACCUCAAAACUCUUCUCUGCCAACUCCAAUUAUGGCUAAACUUGAGGAAGCCAGGGGCUCGAAGAGACAGUAUCAUCGUGCAAUGGGACAGACGGAAAAGCAUGAUCUAAACUUAGCUCAACAGAUUGCUCAAUCACAAGAUGUGGAGAGACAUAACAGCAGCACGUGUGUGGAAUAUUUAGAUGCUGCAAAGAAAACGAAAAUCCAGAAAGUAGUCCAAGAAAAUUUGCAUGGCAUGCCACCUGAGGUUAUAGAAAUCGAGGAUGAUCCAACUGAUGGGGCAAGAAAAGGUAAAAAUACUGCCAGCAUCAGUAAAGGUGCAUCUAAAGGAAACUCGUCUCCAGUUAAAAAGACAGCAGAAAAGGAGAAAUGUAUUGUCCCAAAAACGCCUGCAAAAAAGGGUCGAGCAGGUAGAAAAAAAUCAGUACCUCCGCCUGCUCAUGCCUCAGAGAUCCAGCUUUGGCAACCUACUCCUCCAAAGACACCUUUAUCAAGAAGCAAGCCUAAAGGAAAAGGGAGAAAGUCCAUACAAGAUUCAGGAAAAGCAAGAGGUCCAUCAGGAGAACUUCUGUGUCAGGAUUCUAUUGCGGAAAUAAUUUACAGGAUGCAAAAUCUGUAUCUAGGAGACAAAGAAAGAGAACAAGAGCAAAAUGCAAUGGUCUUGUACAAAGGAGAUGGUGCACUUGUUCCCUAUGAGAGCAAGAAGCGAAAACCAAGACCCAAAGUUGACAUUGACGAUGAAACAACUCGCAUAUGGAACUUACUGAUGGGGAAAGGAGAUGAAAAAGAAGGGGAUGAAGAGAAGGAUAAAAAGAAAGAGAAGUGGUGGGAAGAAGAAAGAAGAGUCUUCCGAGGAAGGGCUGAUUCCUUCAUCGCUCGCAUGCACCUGGUACAAGGAGAUAGACGUUUUUCGCCAUGGAAGGGAUCGGUGGUUGAUUCGGUCAUUGGAGUUUUCCUUACACAGAAUGUCUCGGAUCACCUUUCAAGCUCUGCGUUCAUGUCUCUAGCUGCUCGAUUCCCUCCAAAAUUAAGCAGCAGCCGAGAAGAUGAAAGGAAUGUUAGAAGCGUAGUUGUUGAAGAUCCAGAAGGAUGCAUUCUGAACUUAAAUGAAAUUCCUUCGUGGCAGGAAAAGGUUCAACAUCCAUCUGACAUGGAAGUUUCUGGGGUUGAUAGUGGAUCAAAAGAGCAGCUAAGGGACUGUUCAAACUCUGGAAUUGAAAGAUUUAAUUUCUUAGAGAAGAGUAUUCAAAAUUUAGAAGAGGAAGUAUUAUCAUCACAAGAUUCUUUUGAUCCGGCGAUAUUUCAGUCGUGUGGGAGAGUUGGAUCCUGUUCAUGUUCCAAAUCAGACGCAGAGUUUCCUACAACCAGGUGUGAAACAAAAACUGUCAGUGGAACAUCACAAUCAGUGCAAACUGGGAGCCCAAACUUGUCUGAUGAAAUUUGUCUUCAAGGGAAUGAGAGACCGCAUCUAUAUGAAGGAUCUGGUGAUGUUCAGAAACAAGAAACUACAAAUGUCGCUCAGAAGAAACCUGAUCUUGAAAAAACAAUGAAUUGGAAAGACUCUGUCUGUUUUGGUCAGCCAAGAAAUGAUACUAAUUGGCAAACAACUCCUUCCAGCAGCUAUGAGCAGUGUGCGACUCGACAGCCACAUGUACUAGACAUAGAGGAUUUUGGAAUGCAAGGUGAAGGCCUUGGUUAUUCUUGGAUGUCCAUCUCACCAAGAGUUGACAGAGUAAAGAACAAAAAUGUACCACGCAGGUUUUUCAGACAAGGUGGAAGUGUUCCAAGAGAAUUCACAGGUCAGAUCAUACCAUCAACGCCUCAUGAAUUACCAGGAAUGGGAUUGUCCGGUUCCUCAAGCGCCGUCCAAGAACACCAGGACGAUACCCAACAUAAUCAACAAGAUGAGAUGAAUAAAGCAUCCCAUUUACAAAAAACAUUUUUGGAUCUGCUCAACUCCUCUGAAGAAUGCCUUACAAGACAGUCCAGUACCAAACAGAACAUCACGGAUGGCUGUCUACCGAGAGAUAGAACUGCUGAAGACGUGGUUGAUCCGCUCAGUAACAAUUCAAGCUUACAGAACAUAUUGGUCGAAUCAAAUUCCAGCAAUAAAGAGCAGACGGCAGUUGAAUACAAGGAGACAAAUGCCACUAUUUUACGAGAGAUGAAAGGGACGCUUGCUGAUGGGAAAAAGCCUACAAGCCAGUGGGAUAGUCUCAGAAAAGAUGUGGAGGGGAAUGAAGGGAGACAGGAACGAAACAAAAACAAUAUGGAUUCCAUAGACUAUGAAGCAAUAAGACGUGCUAGUAUCAGCGAGAUUUCUGAGGCUAUCAAGGAAAGAGGGAUGAAUAACAUGUUGGCCGUACGAAUUAAGGAUUUCCUAGAACGGAUAGUUAAAGAUCAUGGUGGUAUCGACCUUGAAUGGUUGAGAGAAUCUCCUCCUGAUAAAGCCAAGGACUAUCUCUUGAGCAUAAGAGGUCUGGGUUUGAAAAGUGUUGAAUGCGUGCGACUCUUAACACUCCACAAUCUUGCUUUCCCUGUUGACACGAAUGUUGGAAGGAUAGCAGUUAGGAUGGGAUGGGUGCCUCUACAACCCCUACCUGAAUCACUUCAGUUACACCUCCUGGAGCUAUACCCAGUGCUCGAGUCCAUCCAAAAAUUUCUUUGGCCAAGACUUUGCAAACUCGAUCAACGAACACUGUAUGAAUUACACUACCAACUGAUUACGUUUGGAAAGGUAUUUUGCACAAAGAGUAGACCAAAUUGUAAUGCAUGUCCAAUGAGAGGAGAGUGCAGACACUUUGCCAGUGCUUAUGCUAGUGCAAGACUUGCUUUACCGGCACCAGAGGAGAGGAGCUUAACAAGUGCAACUAUUCCGGUCCCUCCCGAGUCCUAUCCUCCUGUAGCCAUCCCGAUGAUAGAACUACCUCUUCCGUUGGAGAAAUCCCUAGCAAGUGGAGCACCAUCGAAUAGAGAAAACUGUGAACCAAUAAUUGAAGAGCCGGCCUCGCCCGGGCAAGAGUGCACUGAAAUAACCGAGAGUGAUAUUGAAGAUGCUUACUACAAUGAGGACCCUGACGAGAUCCCAACAAUAAAACUCAACAUUGAACAGUUUGGAAUGACUCUACGGGAACACAUGGAAAGAAACAUGGAGCUCCAAGAAGGUGACAUGUCCAAGGCUUUGGUUGCUUUGCAUCCAACAACUACUUCUAUUCCAACUCCCAAACUAAAGAACAUUAGCCGUCUCAGGACAGAGCACCAAGUGUACGAGCUCCCAGAUUCACAUCGUCUCCUUGAUGGUAUGGAUAAAAGAGAACCAGAUGAUCCAAGUCCUUAUCUCUUAGCUAUAUGGACACCAGGUGAAACAGCGAAUUCGGCACAACCGCCUGAACAGAAGUGUGGAGGGAAAGCGUCUGGCAAAAUGUGCUUUGACGAGACUUGUUCUGAGUGUAACAGUCUGAGGGAAGCAAACUCACAGACAGUUCGAGGAACUCUUCUGAUACCUUGUCGGACUGCCAUGAGAGGAAGUUUUCCGCUCAACGGGACAUAUUUCCAAGUCAACGAGUUAUUUGCAGACCACGAGUCCAGUCUCAAACCCAUCGAUGUUCCUAGAGAUUGGAUAUGGGAUCUCCCAAGAAGGACUGUUUACUUCGGAACAUCAGUAACAUCAAUAUUCAGAGGUCUUUCAACGGAGCAGAUACAGUUCUGCUUUUGGAAAGGAUUCGUAUGUGUCCGUGGAUUCGAACAGAAGACAAGAGCACCGCGUCCAUUAAUGGCAAGGUUGCAUUUUCCUGCGAGCAAAUUGAAGAACAACAAAACCUAAAGAUGACUGGAAGAAAGCAAACGCAUUGCUUCUCUGCUCUCCUCUAUUUAAAGCCAGGAAAAGUCCCAUUUAGACAUAAUAACAGGAAUCCAAAUAGGCUAUUUUCUCUUUCUUUCUUAUUUCAUUCAUAGAGCAGAAGCGACACAAAAAAGUUUUUUGGGUUAUUUAUUUUCUCUCUAACAAAUUUGUAGCGUUUUGGGUCUUUUUCUGGCUGUCACUAGCGUGGCAAAUCCAAUGUCUGCGCACACUUAGGCGCAUUGUCAAUAAAAUUUCUCCGGCCACCGGAGUGUUUAGC